GCUCCGGCAGGCGCGCGGCUCCGCGGAAAACCGAACCGGCACACGUGGGCCAGGCUGCCCCGCCCCGCCGCGCUGACGCCGCCUGACUCGGCAGUCCCGGCUUGCAUUGGGCGCACGGCCCGGGAUCUCACACCCCACGCGCCCGCCCGCGUGGACGCCCAAGCCGAGGGAUUCCUCUACCCCUCCUCCGCCCAGCCCCGAGGGACGAGUUCCCGCCGCGGGCGCUCGGAACCAGAGCCAGCCGGGCGGGGCGGCGCCUCCAGGCCACCAGAUGUUUGCCAUCCAGCCAGGGGUGGCUGAAGGGGGGCAGUUCCUGGGGGACCCGCCUCCUGGAGUAUGUCAGCCCGACCUUCAACCAGACAGCAACUCCAACUUCAUGGCAAGUGCCAAAGAUACCAAUGAGAAUUGGCAUGGGAUGCCAGUCCAAGUGGAACCCAUACUGAUGAGGAGCUUCUCUGAGUUGCCCUCUGACAACCAGGCUUUCCAGGAUCCUGGACUCCCUGAGGGGGAGGUCCGCAGCCCACCAGAGGGGGCAGAGAUCCCUGGAGCUGGGCCUGAGAAGAUGGGUGGUGCCAGCACAGUCUGCUCCCCUCUGGAGGACAACGGCUAUGCCAGCAGCUCCCUGAGCAUUGACAGCCCUAGCUGCAGCCCUGAGCCUGCCUGUGGGACCCCUCCCAGCCCUGGCCCUCCAGCUCCCCUUCUGCCCUCGGUGGCCCAGGCCGUACAGCAGCUGCAGGCUCAAGAGCGCUAUAAAGAGCAGGAGAAGGAGAAGCACCAUGUGCACUUGGUGAUGUACCGUCGCCUGGCCCUGCUCCAGUGGAUCCGGGGCCUGCAGCACCAGUUGGUUGACCAGCAGGCCCGUCUGCAGGAGAGCUUUGACACCAUUCUAGACAACCGGAAGGAGCUUAUCCGCUGUCUCCAACAGAGGGCAACACCAUCCACACCCCAGGACCAGGGCUAAGGGUGUCUCUGUACAGGGGUGCAAGGGUUUAUGUAUAUAUUUGCAGGCAUGUGUGUGGUUGUGCACAAGCAAGUACAGAUUAUUUGCUGGUAUGAGUGCAGGGAAGCAUAAGUGAGUAUGUCAGUGCUAACAUGUAGGCAGAUGUGCACAGACCAUGUGAGAAUCAGCAGCCCUAUGUGUGAGUAUGUAGAUAUGUGUAUGUAUAGUAUGUAUGUAGGAGGAAGUAAAUUUGUAUAUGCAUGUGUGGACGGGUACCCCACGGUGUGUGUAUAUGUGCAUGAGUGAAGAUAUAUAUGCAAAAGAUGUGUGUUUAUGUAUGAGUGAGUUUGAGCGUGCAGAUUUGUGGUGGGUGUUUGUGACUGAGCCCUUGUGUGUGCAGGCCUAUGUGUAAGGGUGCAUGUGUGCAGGUGCAUGCAUGGGAUGUAUACAUUAGGAGCAUGUAUAUUUGCAGGCUGACUCAGGAGCAAGUGUGUGCAAAUAUAUGUUCAAUUGCACACGUGGGGCAUCCAUCCAUACCUUAUGUUACCCGUGGUCUCCGCUAGCCUUUUUUCUCCACAGGGUCCCACUGCUCCCUGGAGAGAAGGCUAGCUAAGGCUGUUGUCCCUGAUGGUGGAUUUGCUGUAGGAAGUUAGGUCGCUACUCUGGCCUACUAUGGCUUUUUGGCUGCAAUCUUGCCAAGGCAAUUGGUAGAGAACUGGUAUCAGGGAAGGGAGCUAAAAUGGUGAUUGACACCAUGGCAGGCAUGGAGGCGGGAUCAGAGGAGAAGAUAGGGGACUGUCCCACUUGAACUCUGCCAUUGGGCGCGUGGGAGAUGGGGAUGGGGGGAGAUGAUGAUGACAGAACCCUGAGAAGACUAGGAGAAUGGGAAUUCUACAAUACCAGUUCCAAACAAAUCACACCUCUCCAUUGCAAGGGAGCUGUUGCAAACCAUAUUGACUCAAGCUUCUGAUGAAAAGGAAUCUGUGUUAAUAUAAUGUCAUAUGUCAACUACACCUCAAUAAAAAAGAAAAAAGGAAAGGAAUGUGUGCUUUCUAAGCUUGCAAGGAGUGGAGAGGUGUUCCAAGGCUGUUGGAG